AUGAUGUUGAGAUCUGGUUUGAGAGGUGUAAAGGUUUUUCGACAACUCUAUAAUUUCUUGCCCCAACGAAACUAUGGUACUGUGCCAGCUAAAACUGGUGUACCUGCUAUACACCAGUCGAUAUCGAAGCUGGUUAAAAGAGAAAUGUCGACAUUGAAAGAGGUGUCGACAUUGAAAGAGUCAACAUUGCUGGGAAAAGAGGUGCCGGGAAAAGAGGUGUCGACAUUGAAAGAGUCAACAUUGCUGGGAAAAGAGGUGCCGGGAAAAGAGUUGUCGCUAUUAAAGGUUUCGUCAAAUGGGUCUAGAGACUUUGUCGAUAGUGGUGCAAUCAAACUGCUAUGUUCCACUAUCGAGUGCACCACUAUCGAGCAGAGCGAGAUAGUGGUGCAAUCAAAUCAAACUGCUAUGUUCCACUAUGCUCGAUAG